AGCUGUCUUUUUGUCGCACGCGCGAGCGGUAAAAAGUGAAGCUGUCCAACGGGAUAUUUUUCACGAGUACGUGAUAUACAGAAUAACUUAACAGUCUGUUAUCAUAGAACCAAUCAAUAUGUGGACUGCCGAACUGUUCAUUCCUUGGUGUCUGAUGUACUGGACUCCAGUCGCUUCUCAACCCCAGAAUCAGAUCAAGGCUAGAAUUGGUCAAAACGUCUCCAUUCCUUGUCCAUUGGACAUUCCACUGCUGAUCAAUAUUGGUUGGUAUCGAUGUACCAAAGAAGACGAUUGCAGAAACAAUUGGGAUGAGCACAGGGUAGCCCAUAUAGACAACAAGACACUAGUCUACGUCGACUAUCCCAAGAAAUAUGAAUUGGAAACUAACGGGACUUUGACGAUUUUCGAGAUUAUACCCGACGAUGACGAAAAGUUAUUUAUUUGCAAAGGAAAGAUUCAGUUUAGCGAAACUGUGGAUAGCGUCACUAUACUUGAAAUCAUAAGUGAACCACCCAAAAUCAACACCCGGAACGCAGUUGAAUAUGAAGUCAUUGAAGGAAUGCCUUUGAUGUUAGAAUUCAAGGUUUAUGGGUAUCCAUACCCUUUGGUGACUUUGCGUCACAACAAAGAGAUCGUUCUGAAGGAAACGACGACGAAUCUAAUCUACAUACGCCAUAAUGCCAGCACAUUGUACAAUGGUGACUAGACGUUGACCGCAGAGAAUCCAUUCGGAGAUGCUAGUGUUGCAAUAGAAGUGAAAGUUAUAGCACGAGCUGGAACCAACUGUACCACUUGUCAAGGAAACGGGACGGCAGACAAUCUUAACACAGAGGGGCGCUGCAACUGCACCGUUUGGCAGGCAUUGUUUGGGGGGUUGCUUGGUGCGGUCCUUUUGGGGUUCCUUACUCUCUGGGGACGUAUAAAACUAUGUCAUCACAAUACCUCUCAGACCGUCGAUGGCAGCUGUGAGCUUCCCACUGCUCAUAACAACAAAGGGCAUUAUGCCCAAGGUGAAGAUGCUGUGGAUGAAAAAAGUCAGGUUGAGAGUGAGGGUACUAAUGGCCUUGGUUGGGAUGAUGAGCCGGUUAUGCCGCAGGCGUUGUAAAACAAUAGACCGUACUGGGGAAUAUUGAACCGUAGUCGUGGCAGUACGGACCGAGAGUUGCGAGGUCCGCA